UGUUGCGUCUCGUUCGUCUCAUUUACUCCCCUCGCCUUACUUAAUUGUCCUCCAGGAGCGGGUCCAGCGGAGCUUUCCUCACCCCAUCGAUAAGUGGGCCAUCGCAGACGCUCUUGCCGCCAUUGACAAGAAGAAGAGGAAGAACCCGCUGGCUCUUCCUGUGGAUAAGAUUCACCCGCUGCUGAAGGAGGUUCUGGGCUACAAGAUCGACCAUCAGGUGUCUGUGUACAUGGUGGCAGUUCUGGAGUACAUCUCGGCAGACAUCCUCAAACUGGCGGGGAACUAUGUGAGGAACAUCCGCCACUAUGACAUCACCAAGCAGGACAUCACUGUGGCUAUGUGUGCCGAUAAGGUGUUGAUGGACAUGUUCCACCAGGAUGAGGAGGACAUCAGCCUUUUCCCGCUUUUAGACGAGGAGCCUUCAACCAAUGAGGAGCAGAGUUACUACGAUCUGGUGAGGAGCUUCAUGGCGGACAUUCGGCAGUACCUGCGGCAGCUCAACCUGCUCCUCAGGGUCUUCAGAGAGCCCUUCAUCUCCAGUCCCAUGCUCUUCUCACAACACGACGUGGACAGCAUAUUCAGCCGGAUCGUGGAUAUCCACGAGGUGACGGUGAAGCUGCUGGGUCUCCUCGAGGACACGGUGGAGAUGACGGAUGAAGGAAGCCCUCAUCCUCUGGUGGGAAGCUGUUUUGAAGACUUGGCUGAGGAGCUGGCCUUUGACCCCUAUGAGACCUACGCUCAGGACGUCCUGCAUCCGGGUUUCCAAGAACACUUCCUUAGCCAGGUGACCAAACCAGGAGCUUCCCUCCACCUGCAGUCCAUCUGUGUUGGUUUCAAAGAGGCUGUUCGCUACGUUCUGCCCAGGCUGCUGCUGACGCCCGUCUACCACUGUCUGCACCUAUUUGAGACGCUCAAGCAACUGGAGGAGAAGAGUGAGGAGGAGGAGGAUAAGGAGUGUCUGAGGCAGGCUAUCACAGCUCUGCUUAACCUGCAGUCCAGCAUGGAGAGGAUCUGCUCCAGGAACCUGGCAAAGAGGAGGCUUAG